GCCGAUACACCACCGUCAAACUUCUCCAUGUCAACCCACAUACCGCGCAACUGAAGUCUAGAACUCUAUGGGUUGAGGGAAUAUCGUUCUACCAGGGUCAGCUAGAUCUCAGCCACAGUCUCGAUCGUUCCUGUGUAACCUCAACUCCCGACUGUACAAACACGGUGUGGUAGGCAACUCCGCAGCAAUCAUCAAAUGCCGACAUGGCGACUGGAUCGCCUCGACUAAAUCUCAGAUCUACAAAAGGUCCACUGCUACCCCAGGUUUUUGUUUCCCCAGAUCAUCGGAUCAGUUUGCUAAGCACGUGACUCAAGCUUCAUGACCAUCGUUCCCCACUUCCACCGAUUCUACUACAACCAGUACCAUGGCCCCCACACUUUUUGAAAAGGAGACCGCUGAGGUCGACUUCAAAGAAAAUAUCCUUGAGCAUGGUGGCGAUGAGGCCGCUCUUGCUGUUGCUGAGCUUGAUGCCAUCGAGCAGACGCCUGUUUCUCGCUUCGUCUGGCUGGUCACUAUUACAUGCUCAGUCGCUGGUGCGCUCUUCGGUUACGACACCGGUAUCAUUUCUGCGGUACUGGUAUACCUUGGCAAGGAUCUCGACGGACGAUUGAUGAGCAACCAAGAGAAGGAGGCAAUCACAUCUCUUUGCUCAGGUGGCGCCUUCUUCGGUGCCAUUCUGGCUGGUGUCUAUGCGGACAGGUUUGGUCGCAAGAUUGGCAUCUACAUUGGUUGUGUCCUCUUCACCGUUGGCGCUUUGAUCCAAGCUGUCGCAUACUCUUUCGCUCAGAUGUGUGUCGGCCGCCUGAUUGUCGGUUUCGGCGUCGGCAGCGCUGCUAUGAUUGCGCCGCUCUACAUCGCAGAGAUCGCCCCUACCAAGUACCGCGGUCGCAUGAUUGGUCUUAACAACAUGAGUAUCACCGGUGGUCAAGUGCUGUCCUACGGGAUUGGUGCCGGCUUCGUCUACGUCCCUCACGGCUGGAGAUACAUGGUCGGCCUCGGAGGUGUUCCUUCCAUUAUCUUGGCCUGCCUCCUCCCGUUCUGCCCAGAGUCGCCCCGCCAGCUCAUCGUUAAGGGCCGCGAGGAGGAAGCCGCAGCUGUCUUCCAGCGUGUAUUCUAUAAAGCCACUCCUGAGCAAGUCCAAAACAAGAUCAAGCUCAUCAAGAUUUCCAUGGCCGAAGCCGAGCAUGCAACCGAGGGCAAGACCCGCUGGCAGAUCAUCAAGGAGCUCCACACCAACCCUAGGCACUUCCGUGCUCUGGUUGUGGCUUGUGGUCUCAUGGUCAUCUCGCAGAUGUCUGGCUUCAACACGCUCAUGUACUACUCCUCUACCCUCUUCGCUCUCGUCGGAUUCUCGAACCCCACCGCUGUUGGUCUCGUCGUCGCUGGCACGAACUUCGUCAUGACAUUCAUCAACGCCAUGUUUGCCGACCCUUGGGGCCGUCGCAAGAUCCUCGUCUGGACUGCUUGGGGUAUGAGCGCUGGUCUGCUGUCGGUUGCUAUCGCCUUCCACUGGAUUCCCGUCAACACCUCGACUCUCGAACUGGAGCAGAAGACUAUCUCAGGCGCCGCAAUCGUUGUUCUGGUGUUCAUUAUCUUCUUCGUCAUCACCUACGGUGUAUCGGUCGGCAACACGGCCUGGAUGAGUACCGACUUCUUCAGCCAGGACGUACGCGCUAUGGGCACCAUGUUUCUGACUUGUUCAUGCUGGGGAUCCAACGUCAUCGUCUCCUCCACCUUCCUCACUCAGAUGCACUCGCUCACUCCGUCUGGCACCUUCGGCUUCUACGCCGCUAUCUGUUUUAUUGGCUGGGUUCUCAUCAUCUUCUUCUACCCCGAGGUCUCGGGCCUCACGAUCGAUGAGACAUCGCAGGUCUUCGAUCAGUCUAUGUUCAAGAUGGUCAGCUUCGCCAGGAAGAGGAGGCAGGAGCGCAAGGCUGCUGGCGCGCUUGUCAAGAAUACUGCCAACAUUGCGGUCGGCCACUAGUCUAGAGGCGCAGAUUGCGGUGCCCCAGGGAUUCUGGCUGGUUUGCAUGACGUGAGAUUGGCUAGGUGCAGAAUGCAAUUAAAAAUGGCAAACGAGAGUGAUGCAUUCGAAGCCUUAUUCUAGGUGAAUAGCUGAAUAGGCACAUUUCGAAUAUU